GGAGGAGACAAAAAAAAACAAACAUCAAAAACAAUCACCAAGAAAAAACUAAAAAGAAGAAAAGACGAAAAGCAUGCAACUGUUUUUCGUUUUUUGUUGAAACCAAAAAAAAAAAAGAAAUUCAUAAAAAAAACAAACAAUAAGAUUCAGUUACUUUUUCUUCCUGCUAUUUUUUCUUAUAUAAAGAGUUUGCAUUUUCAUUACAAAAGUAAAUUUUGGAAUUAUGGGUAAUCAUGGAGAAAAAAGAAGAGGAAAUGUUGUGAUUAGGGCCAUAUUGUUGGGUCUCAUAAGCAUUGUGUGUGUUAAUGGUACAAACAUAAAUUACAAAGAAGCCUUAACCAAAUCUCUAAUCUUCUUGGAAGCUCAAAGAUCAGGCAAACUCCCUCCAAACAAUAGGGUUCCGUGGAGAGGUGAUUCUGCUCUUGAUGAUGGCAAACUUGCAAAUGUUGAUUUGGCGGGAGGGUACUAUGACGCAGGAGACAAUGUGAAGUAUGGUCUUCCAAUGGCGUUCACGAUCACGACGCUGGCUUGGUCAGCCAUUUCCUACGGUAAAGAACUCCGUGCCGCAGGAGAGCUCGAAAACACUCAUGCCGCUAUCCGUUGGGGCACUGAUUAUUUUCUCAAAUGUUCUUCUCGCAAGAACCGCCUCUAUGUUCAGGUUGGUGAUCCAAACCUGGACCACAAGUGCUGGGCGAGGCCUGAGAACAUGCAAACUCCAAGGACGGUAUUGCAGAUAAGUGAUAAAGAUCCUGGCACAGAAAUCGCGGCCGAGACUGCCGCUGCAAUGGCUGCUUCCUCGAUCGUUUUCCGCCGCAUCGACCACAAAUACUCCCGCCGGCUCCUAAACAAAGCCAAAUUGCUCUUCAAGCUAGCCAAGAGCCACAAGGGUUCAUAUGAUGGAGCAUGCCCUUUCUAUUGUUCUUGCUCGGGUUACAACGACGAGUUGCUGUGGGCGGCAACAUGGCUAUACAAGGCAACAAGGAAACAGGAGUACCUUAGCUACCUUAAAUUUGAAGCCAUAAGUGGCUACGUCGCUGAGUUUAGCUGGGAUCUCAAAUACGCCGGUGCGCAGAUGCUCAUUGUCAAGAUGAUCUUCGAAGGCAUAAAAGGACUUGACCUAUAUAAACAACAGGCUGAUAGUUUCAUCUGCUCGAAUCUCCCUGGUAGUCAUUACCACCAAGUCUUCAAUACCCCAGGUGGUAUGAUUCACUUGAGGGAUGGAGCCAACACUCAGUAUGUCACCGCAACUGCUUUCUUGUUCUCGUCGUACGCCGAUCUUCUCCAGAAACACAACCAAAAGAUCUAUUGCGGAAGCAAGCAAUUCGAUUCAACACAUCUCAUGGCUUUCGCCAAAAAACAAAUUGACUACAUACUAGGGCAUAACCCACAAGGAAGGUCUUACAUGGUUGGGUUCGGACCAAACCCGCCAAAGCAAGCCCACCACAGAGGAGCCUCAGUGCCACUGGCUGAAGCCAAUGCGCCUUUAAGCUGCCCACUGAGCUUUACGAAAUGGUUCAACAAGAACCAGCCUAACGCUAACGAGCUGACCGGAGCCAUCGUGGGAGGACCCGACCGUCAAGAUAAAUUCCAAGAUUUUCGUUGGACAUCCGUUUACACGGAGCCUUGCACUUACAUCAACUCUAUCGCCGUGGGUCUUCUUGCAAAGCUUGCCGCCACGGCUUAGAGCCAUAACUAUGAUGAGACCACUUCCAUGGAAAGUAUUAUUUUAGGGUGUCCUUAACCUAAUAUAUAUAUUCAGACGCAUGUGGCCAUUCAAUAUGACUCUAUUUUCAUUAUUUUUGCCUUUAUAGUUUGCUUUUUGGAAAGCCGUUUUCUCCAAAAUAUAAAAUUGCAUGGGCAUAAUAAUAAGCCCUGAUGAUUUGAAAUCUAAUCUAUUAAUUUAG